UAGCUCAGGAUGGAAACUGAAACAAGUCCUUUUGAAGGGUGAGACUGAGAAUGCAUGUUCCCCCACACAUUUGGCAUUUAUUUACCUAUACUACAUGAUCUGACAAGCUCUUUAAUCUUACCCAGCCGCUGGUGCAGUGGACUCCUGCUACAGACUCUGUGGUUAUAUGGGCCUGGACAGGUCCAGUGUCGCCCAUGCAGACACCGUCAAACUAGCCUUCGAGGACCAACCUGAUGCCUGGGUGAGAGGUGGAAUCGAAAUAAAAAGAGAUCAAGGUGAAAAGGGUCUCCCGUUUUAUGACAAAAACAUGGCCUCCUGUGUUUCCAGACCGACCUCAAGACUGACCGCUAUAUUGACCCAGACAAGGUCU